AUGUCCUCCAAGUCUACCACCCGAACCCAGUCGACCCUAACUGGCAUCGGCAACCUCAUCAGGCUCCUCCCAACUGGCACAGUCUUCUUGUUCCAAUUCCUCAAUCCUCUCCUCACCAACAACGGCCACUGCCACGUCAUCAACAAGUACUUAUCAGCCAUACUAAUCACUAUCUGCGCUUUCUCGUGCUGCUUUGCCUCGUUCACCGACAGCUAUACCGACGAUCAAGGGAACCCGCACUAUGGCAUAGCCACAAAAAACGGACUUUGGCCCAAAACCUCUUCUGGGCCGGACCUGUCGGCCUACAAGCUCAGAUUUGGGGAUUUUGUGCACGCGUUUUUCUCAUUGGUUGUUUUUGGGGUCGUGGCCCUUUUGGACCCGAACUCGGUUGAGUGCUUUUACCCGUCGUUUGAGUCCACACAGAAGGUUUUGCUCAUGGUUUUGCCCCCAGUAUUAGGGACGGUUUCAAGCUCCAUCUUUGUUAUGUUCCCCAAUAACCGUCAUGGAAUAGGGUACCCUUUUACCCAAAGCUCCACUACUCCUGGUUCGGUGUCAACUUAA